AUGCUCAGGAUCUAUGGCAAAGGUAACUGAAUUUCAUUAUAUUUAUAUUAUAAGGGGUUCAGAUGGGACAGUCGUUGCUGCAGGGAAAAGCCUGGGAACGAGGUUGUUACUACAUGUGUGAUUAAGAGAUGACCCUGAUUGGACCUCUAGGAAGAACAGUUUAGAACUGAUAGAGUUAUCAAGUGUAAAUAAAGUUAGUUUAGUUUAGGUUUCCUCCUGUAGUAACACUGCAUCAAUAAGGGAUGAUCCUUACUGCAUGGACCUCUGGGGAAAACAGUUUAGAACUGAUAGAGCUAUCCGGUAUAUAGAUGGAGUUAGUUUAGUUUAGUCCAGGCUUCCUUCUGUUGAAACACUGAAUCAUUAAGAGAUAACCAUUACUGGAUCUGUAGGAAGAACAGGUUAGAAUUGCUAGAGCUAAAUCAGUAUAAAUAAAGUAAGUUUAGUUCUGCAUAAAUUGGCUCCACAUGUGAUGUUUACUUAGUCCCACAGACUAAAACAUAACUCUCUAUAUAGUCUCAGAAAGUCAAUCUAAGAAAUUAUUUUAUGUGUGUAGGUUUUUCUGGUGACCAGUUUGCGUUUGAUGAUCCAACAUUGGGCAAUGUGGUGACCCUCACAGGAAGGGAUGGAGUCACAAUGCCUUGUGCUGUGGUACAAACUGACACAUCUACUACGAAAAUUUCAUGUGAAUUGGGGUAAAUUUUAUUCAUAUCCUUGAGCCAUUAGAGAUUCAAUCUACCUGACUGAUAUAACAAGAGCUUCGCUCUUCAAGACUACUUAAGAUAGAGGUCCUUCACUGGAAGCGUAGAAAUUGUCGUUAUCGAGCAAGAGCAUUUCAUUUUUGAGAUUGUGGGUUCGAUUCUCGAGACUCAUGACACUUCAUUGCAUAUUAUUCGGCACUAAAGGUCAUGUUACACGGUGCAAUUUUUCUUGCAAUUUGCAAUUUGCAAUGCAAUUCUACUCGUGAGAGAUGUAAAAUUGCCAAAUGCGAGUCUUCAUUACACUCCGCUGAUGUUUUCUCAACAUAUUGAAAAUUCUUCACUGAUUUCACUAAUUAACAUCUCUCAAGAGUAGAACUGCAUUGCAAGGUGCAAGAAAAAUUGCACCGUGUAACACGGCCUUACCGCAGCUAAGAUUUAUAUUCUCACUUAAGCAAUCUUGUAUCAAGGGCCUUCAUUGCUUUUUUAUUAUCAAAAUCCUCACUAUGCCCAUAUAUUACAAAUAAUAUAACUUACAUUGUAAACUUAAAUUGUACUUAACAUUUUUUCUAACUUAUCAUAAAUUAUUAUUACUUUCAUAAGUGUUUCCACCUCCUCUUAUUGCAUUUGUUGGCCCGGGGAAAAGUCCCCCCACCUCUCGGCUAGCCUAAUCUUUUUAUAUUUUUUUAUUUUUCUUAGGAGACCUCCAGCAGGCCACGAGAGAGACACAUAUUCACUUUCAAUCACAGUCAAUGGUGAACCAUUGGGCGGGGGACAUCGUCAUACCUAUUGCUAUGGCACUUGUAGAUUUUAUGUGAGUUAUCAUUAAAUAUACAAUACAUACUCUUCGUUUGUACGAUGUAUAUCAACGUACAGACACACUGAUAACCUGACCCUCACCCCACCCCACCCCUCACCCUCUACCCCUCACCCCACCCUCUAACCCUCACUCCACCCUCUAACCCCUCACCCCACCCUCUGACCCCUCACCCCACCUCUAACCCUUCACCCCACUCUAACCCCUCACCCCACCCUCUAACCCCUCACCCCAUUCUAACCCCUCACCCCUGGUUACGUCGACAAUAAAUGUAUAAAAAUUCCAUUCGAAAUUUCCAUCUACAAAUUCCUUCAGCAAGACGUUUAUCAUUGUUGAAUAAUUCUACAAUUUGUAAAAAUUCUUUUUAUGAAAGAUUGUGAUGUUAUGUACGCAGGUGGGGUUAUAUUUAAGAUGCCAAUUUGUCAAUUUACAGUUCCAAAGGUGGAGAACACCAUCCAUUACGAAUAUCGAUAUACAGGCCGGCCUACCAGGUACAAAAAUUGAAUAUAAUGUUUAUGUUUAUUCAAUGUUUAUUCAUUUAAUAUAGGUUGAUAUUUACAUAAAUUAACACACCCGCAAAUAGCAUAAGCUAAUCUGGGCGGGUAUUGUUAUAGGUUAGAUAUUAAUAACAUAUAAAUGAAGUCCAAAAAGAUGGGGAUUUUUUGUUUUGUUUUUUGGUGUUUUUUUUUAUACAAUGAGGUACACGAUUUUUUCAGUGAGGUACAAAAUCGUGUAUAUAUACAAUGUGUAUAUUAUAUAUACAAUAUAUACAAUGAGGUAGACGAUUUUGUCAGUGUAAACUGUAAACGUUUGUACCUCUCAAGAAAUAAAGUUCAUCCCUAUUCUUCAUUAUUAUAUAUACUAUGAGACAUGGACAAGGUGAAAAGCAAAUUGUUUUGUUCUUUGCUAUUGAACAUAUAUCCGGAAAACAAAGCUUCGGAAAAAGAAUGCCUGCAUCAUUCAGUGGCUACAUCGGCGGUAGGUAGUUUGCAAUAAUGAAGGUGAAUCACAUUGCAUAAAGAACAUUCACACUGUAUUUUCAGAUCAAGUUAUAAAGAUCACAGGAAAAUUGUACACCAGUCAAUUUGGUCGUCUUUCUGACAACAGUGGCGAUAGUUUUGAUGAUAGUACUGAUGCUACCGAAAUUACACGGUUCGUACAAACAAGAUCACUUCAUAUAUACUGGAUAGCUUAUACGCAGCGGAGGACAAUUUGCGAAAUAUUUUUGGGGUGGGGAAAUCAAGUUGCCAACAAUACGACUACCUCUUUUCGCUAAUAAGAAUAAGAAGCAUUAAUCAAACUCGCUGGGAAUUUACAAUCUAUCACAUAUAAAGAUACGACCCGCUUAUAUGAUUUUUCUUUCUCACGAUCAAUGUCUCAUUUCAUGAUCUCAUUGCGUAUGUUUCACACAAAUAUGAAGUACCUAACAGUUUUAUCAUACAAUUCCAGAGUGAAAUAUUUUGUUUUCUAGAGCGUAUCUUGGUGGGUACAACUGUGACACCAACGAUGAGAAUGGACAAGUGUAAGAAUGUUCUUGAUAACCUUUUGAUAUGAUGCUGCUCAAAAAAGUGUUCAUCAAUAAACCUAAUCUAUAAUGACGUCAAAAGGCUUGAUGCCCGAGAGGAAUGCUGGUCUUAGUAGUAAUCGCCCGGGAAAAUUAAACAAUUCAAAAUGGCCACUAUCGACAUUUUCCAGGCGAUGACUACUAAGACCAGCAUUCCUCGCGGGCAUCAAGCUUUGUGACGUCAUUAUGCACAAGGUCUAUUGCUUGAUCCAUGAGACCCAUUUAUACAUGCAAUGUUUGUUGCGAUUUUAGCUGCGGAAUUUCUUCUUCUGAUGGAUGUGAACGAGUGGACGAGUUAUGAAUGUUCAGACCAGAGUACACCUACUCAGAACAUUCAUUACUCAUCUACUCGUUCACAUCCACCAGAAGGAGAAAAUCAAGAAGAAAAUAGACAUUUAAAUACAAAUCUUUUCCCUAAAUCUCACCGUAGGUAUGGAAUAACCUAUGUGCCAUAUUCUGGACACUUCCUAUGUAGAGGAGAAAUCACAGCACCAGGUGAAUAAUGCCUUUCAACAAAAAUUAUUUCCUCUGGUCAAGGUUUCGGUUUCCUCCUGUAGUAACACUGGAUCAAUAAGAGAUGAUCCUUACUGAACCUCUAUGAAGAACACUUUAGAACUGAUAGAACUAUCCAGUUUAAAUAAAGUUAGUUUAGUUUAGGUUGCCUCCUGUAGUAACACUGGAUCAAUAAGAGAUGAUCCUUACUGAACCUCUAGGAAGAACAGUUUAGAACUGAUAGAACUAUCCAGUGUAAAUAAAGUUAGUUUAGUUUAGGUUUCCUCCUGUAGCAACACUGGAUCAAUAAGAGAUGAUCCUUACUGAACCUCUAUGAAGAACACUUUAGAACUGAUAGAACUAUCCAGUUUAAAUAAAGUUAGUUUAGUUUAGGUUUCCUCCUGUAGUAACACUGGAUCAAUAAGAGAUGAUCCUUACUGAACCUCUAUGAAGAACACUUUAGAACUGAUAGAACUAUCCAGUUUAAAUGAAGUUAGUUUAGUUUAGGUUUCCUCCUGUAGUAACACUGGAUCAAUAAGAGAUGAUCCUUACUGAACCUCUAUGAAGAACACUUUAUAACUGAUAGAACUAUCCAGUGUAAAUAAAGUUAGUUUAGUUUAGGUUUCCUCCUGUAGUAACACUGGAUUAAUAAGAGAUGAUCCUUCCUGGACCUCUAGGAAGAACAGUUCAGAACUGAUAGAGUUAUCCAGUUUAAAUAAAGGUAGUUUAGUUUAGGUUUCCUCCUGUAGUCUAACACUGGAUGAAUAAGAGAUGAUCCUUAAGUACUGGACCUCUAUGGAGAACAGUUUAUACUAGACUCUGUACAUUUUUGGAAAUAUGAAAGUUCAUCUUCUACAAUGUAGGCUCCUACGGUGUCUCUUAUCUCGUCUCGAAUUACGGUCGCUCACAGAUAAACAACGACGAUCUUAGCCUUGUCGAUGCUAACGAUGUUAUUUAUCAAUAUCAAGCUCAUUCGGGUAAGAUUUGGACAUUACCACCAAUAGAUAAAUACAGAGAUUUUGCGCAUCUUGUUCGAUACUACCAAUACUAGAUAGGUUUUGCAAAUGAAAUUUUCGAACGUAAAUUUGCAUACAUUUUUAAACCUAACGUUGCCCAAGGACAGUUGCCUACACCAGUAAUAAUAACAGCUCAGCACUUACCAUAAUGAUUCUGUUUUCAGAUGUUACAAGUGUUGAACCAAGAAGCGGCAGCCGCGCUGGUGGAACCAUCCUAACAAUCAAAGGAAAAGCAUUCAGUUUCAUCAAAGAGAAUGUCAAAGUUAACGUGGGAGGUAAACUUUUUUUCAAUUCUUGAAGUGAUCCCUGUGAUGAUAUCUUACGAGAUAUACCAGGUGUCCCAAAAAGAACUGGACACUGUUUAAUUCCAUGUAACGUAAAAGCUAUAAAAGCUAUCGCAAUGAAAUUAAGAUCAUUGCAUUCAGAAAGGACUAACUUAGUUAUACUUGUUAAAUAAAUAGAACAUUUAUUUUUGUAAAAGGAAUGCAUGAACAACAAAUUUGUUUACAAUUUAUUCGUUAGGUAUAAACAGUAAAUUUGCUAGAAAAUGAUCUCAAAUUAAAUUGAAGAGGCCAUGUUUGAAAUGAGUUUAAUUAGUCAAUUUUUACCGGGUGGUUACCACUUCCUAAAACGCAUUCCAUUGUGUUUUCUUCAUGAAUUAUUGAGUUUCACAAAUAUAUAUACAUAUCCUCUACAGCAAAACUGACCGAGGGAGAACAGUUUUGAACUGUUUAGUUACCUAAUAUUUACAAAAUUAGUUCAGUUGAGAUUUCCUCCUGUAGUGAUAUUCAACAAAUAAAGAAUGUCCCUUACUUGACCUCUGGGAAGAACAAUUUUGGACAGAUCUGAUAACCUAUUCAGUCAGUUUAGCAUUCUAGGAUUUUAGUUAAUUAUUCUAAUUUUCAAUUUCCACAGGUGUUCCAUGUGAAGUCCUUACAAGUAAUCGAGACACAAUCACGUGCAAGACAGGCGCACUUCGUGAAGAAAAUGAAGGCAGAGAAUUCUACCCAGGUUUGUACGUCAACGUUGAUGUCGUAGGCUAUAAUUGGCAUGGUUUUUCAACUUCGCAAUAUGAAAGAAGAGAAGGGAACCCAUAUACUUAAACUAUCUAAGCCUUGCGAUCUAGAUGACUUUAACCCUUCCUUCUUAAUUUCCACUCUUAAUUUUUUCACAAUCACCAGGUGGUCGAGGAUUCAUAUGUGAUACAUGGCCAAUAGAGGAAUGGAUUCCCAACGUACGCGACUUUAAUGCCAACGCAACAUACGUACAUAGUCACGUUCAUCAGAUGUACACAGAUUUUGCCACGUGUGUCAACGAUCCAUCAUUUGUGAAACCGACUUACAGGUUGGUUGGUCGGCUGACUGCCUACUUCGUGCCACCUUCCAGUGGGAUCUACAGAUUUGGUUCGACAUCUGACGACAGCAGUGUUGUGUAUUUGAGUAACACCAGUUCACCUUUGGAUAAGGUAAGUUUAUAUAGCUCAAUUUCCAUAUUAACAAGUACAAUAUAAAUGCAGCGAUUUUUUACACUCCUAAACUAAAUGCCGGAAAGCAUUUGUAUUGAAAGAUUAUUCUACAUACGCUGAAAACUAAGAAACCGCUUGAACUUGAGGCCAGUAAAGAUCUACGAGAAAGAAUAUGAAUUUAAAGAUUACUACCUUUCCUAAGCCCCAAAAUAAACCCAGACGAGAGAUAAUUCAAAUGAUCCAGAUAAUUCAAAUUGAAGUUUACCUGUACAGCACCUACGCUAAGAACCAAUAGUUUGAAGUUUAAACUAGUAAGAAUCUACCUCAAAGGACAUGUAUUUCAAGACCACUACCUACACUGAGAACCAACAGUUUGAAGUUUAGGCUAGAACGUGCAUUUCGAGACCAGUAUCUAACUAGACAACAACCGUUUGAAGAGAGAAAAGAGAGAAAAAAAUAGAAAACAACAAUGUACAAGAUGCAAACAAAGUGUUAUAAUUAUUCUUGGAUUUCACUAAGGCAUUAAUUAUGCAGUGAAUCUGACGGGAGGUCAACCUCAAAUGUAUUGAUGCUUAUGCUGUACUGGAGUGAGAAAAUGAUACGAAAUUCCACGUAUUUGCCAUCAAACACAAGACUAAUACAUAAAACGAACAAUCGACUCACUCUGAUAACUGUGUUUUGUUUUAGAGUUGACCUCCCGUCACUUUUGUGACGUCAUAUGAAACCCAAGAAUAUUCAUACUUGAUACAUCCUCUUUAAUUUUAGAGAGAAAUUGCUUCCAACCUAUAUUACACGGGUCCAUACAAUUGGAACAAGUAUGAUACACAGUGGUCAGAACGUAUGUACCUUGAGGAAGGCCGUGCGUAUUAUAUUGAAGGAGAUUAUUACGAUACUGGUGGCGCAUACUUUCUAAACCUCGGCAUGCACAAAGAAACGACAAGUCUUACAAAGGAUGAUGUUCCCAUGGCCGUACAGGAACAGCAAUAUUUGAAAAUCUAUAGCAACAUUGAGGAAGAGACACAGGUAUUGGAAAAUAAAUGACGUUUUCCUUAAUUUAUUCAGAUAGUUCAGUCACAUGGUAGUUUAUUGCAGAAUACUACAUUUUUCACGUAGUUCAGACACAAACCACGACAGCUUAUUGUAAAAUACUACCUACACUGGACCACCACGGUUGAGAUAUAUUUUUCAGGUAGUUGAGACACAAACCACGACAGCUUACUGUACAAUACUACCCACACUGGACCACCACGUUCGAGAUGGACCCCAUCAUCAUAGAAUGCACAGUUCGCCAGGAAUAAUUUGUUAAAUUGCGGCAUCUAUUUUUAGACAAUUACGUAUGAGAACUGGAAAGACGGGUUCGUCCAACAGGAAGAACAGCUAGUGACGGUGAAGCAAUGUUCAUUGGUGAACAAUGUUUGUCAACAACCACCGCCAUUCACCUUAAACUACAACGGAGAUAUCACUGGGUCCCUAGUUCUAAGCAUUUCUGCUGCAGAUCUUCAAACUGCACUCAAUGGUCGUCCUUCAAUAAGCAAUGCUGGGUCUGUUACAGUAACUUUGGAAUCGUCCGACAGCCAGGAAAACGUUUACAGAGUUAAAUUUAACUUUGCCGAACCUGAAACGACUUCAAUGCUCCAGGAUGGGAGUCAGUUACGAGGACAGUUUGUAAGCGUGGCCGUUGACAAGGCUGGGAUAAACUCAAACAAAGGAUUCAGAUUAAGCCUUGGUGGAAAACGAACACAAGUGAUUCCAUCAAAUGUGACAGAGGCAGGACUGGAAAGUACCUUUACUCAACUUUUCACCACGCAAUGCACAUUCUCUGCAAAUACAGGUAACACACGAUGAUGCUCUUCCAUAGUGGUGUAGGGGCGUAGCCAGCACCAAAGGAGUAGGGGGAGGGGCUUCUAAUCGUCCAGCCGUCUGGGGCGUGGGAGCAAGAAUCUAACCCAUGGUCACAAAGUUUAACCUAGCAGCGUUCUAACCACUGAGCGCACCAUUGGACACACUCAAUGCGGGAUACCAAAUCCACAUAUAUAAGAGGAGUUGUGAGAUGAUUUGAAGUUGACCCAACAUGGAAUGAUAAUUGUUGUCUUCAGAAUCCUAAUUUGUGUUGUACAUACAUCAAAGUAUAUUUUGGUUGAGGCUUGGUGCAAUAAGAACGUAUGCAAAGGAUAAGUUUGUUCGAUUCCUUGACCUUUUACAAAUCUGCAUUAGUUAGGAAGGGUGGAAAUAUGUCAAAUUGCACAAUAUAUAUCAGAAUAACAUACUAAAUGAUAUUUUAUGUCGUUCUUUCCAGACGAUGCCUAUUUCUACCAAGGGUACGAAGGCGACAGUGAAGGUUAUGAACGAGGAGACAGAGUAAACGACCAAACACCGCACUGUGGAAGACAAGUAUUGACAAACCCCAAUGCACUCUAUGCCGCUGGGCUUACAGUCAUCAAACCUGGCAAUAUCAAAGGUGGAGAAUUCAAUCUUCAACAAUACUCGCGGGUAUGUUUGAGUAUGUUUAGUUUAGCGAUUGCCAGCUAGUGUUUGACCUGUUCUCCCUAGAAAUCCAUUUACAUGUAAUCUUGAAAUAAAGAUGGUAGCUCUAGGAGUUGUGAACUGUUCUCCAGUGUUACUAAAAAAAGAAACCAGACUUGAGCUAACAUUAGUUACACAGGGUAACUCAGUUCUAAUCUUGAACUGUCUUCGCCAGUAUAGGUAGUGCCAAUGAAAGCGAAACGUCGAAAUUCUCCUUAUAUAUUUUCAGGUAGUUGCAUCCCUACCAACGAAAGCUUGUUCAUAACUCAGUUCUAAACUGUUCUCCCAAGUGUUCCAGCUAGAGACUUCCAUCGUCCUUCAGUGUUGCUACAGGAGGAAACUGGAGUAUUCGGAGAAAACCUACAACAUUUGUGAGAGUGAAACAGGAAUAUACUGUACAUUUGACUGAAGUGUAUUAUAAUCAGGCAACUGUAUAUUCCUGAAAUCGAACCGCAGUCACAGAGGGAGGAAGUCACAUACAUUAACAUCGAUAUCCGUGUACGCGCAUAAGCAGAAUCGUUACCUUUAAAGGUUCAUACUCCUUCAUUUCUCUCUUUCAGGUUUGUUACGCAUUCAGAGGGGGGAACGACACUGUAUCACUGAGAAUCUACGUGAAAUACACGGAUAAACAAGGAACACAGACACAUACAAACCUUUACCACGCCGAAACCGCUAUUCCUCAGCGCUGGCAAUACGUGUGUGUGAAUUUGAACGAACUUGCAACGGCCGAUACUAAUCUUUGGGGCAACAGACAAACGGGAUCCAUAAUGUAUGUGAAAGACAUCUACAUCUCUGGUCACGUGAUGGUGGAUGAUGUUUGGAUUGGAAGUACAACCGUGACAGGUAACUGGUUGAGCUGUGGACUUUUGGUUUUUUACUGGAUGUUGGUGGCACAGUGAUUAAUACAUGUGCCUUUCACGUGACCAGAGUUCGAUCCUUUAAUAUGCAGAAGAAUUCUUCCAGUUUUGACAAACUUCUGCACUAGGUCUUUUCCGAGUUUUAGGAAGAACAGUUUAGAACUGAUAAUCCAGUAUAAAGUUAGUUAUGUUAAGGUUUCUUUCUGUUGUAAUAGUGAACCAAUAAGAGAUGGCCCUUACUGGACCUCUAAGAAAAAUAGGUUAGAACUGAUAGAGGUAUCAUAAAAUUGUGAGUGUCAGCUUAGUUGUCGGGAGAUACCCAUUUGAAUACCCGAAUUGACCAUUGGAAAUAGCAUUCUAGAGAUAACAGUUCAUAUUUGCAGCAGCAAAACUACAGCUGGUUUGUACGAUUGUUUAGUUUUAAACAGAAACGUUGCAGCUCAUCCAAAUGGCCAUUGGAUCAAAACCUUUAGCGUCAAAAAGUUAUCGGAGAACUCGUUCAAAUUUGAAAUGACUCCAGCAUAUUGUGGCAACGAUAUCCCACUGAUCUCGAUAGAAGGUUUUCCACGCACGGAUGGUGAUCAGCAAAGCCGAUUCAAUUUCACAGAUAUUGAUGCAACGAUCAUGGUGACACGAAACAAGGCUGCAAGCCCACCGUUGACUGGGACUUUUGAUAUAACAUUUGGAAAUAAAACCAUCAGAG